AUGGAUCCAUAUCUCCAUCAGCAAUCAGGCACUCCUCCCCCAUUCCUGACAAAAUCCAUGGAGGCCAGCGCGGCGGAGAAGGCUCCGGCGACGGCGAGCGGUGGUACACGGCGGGUGCUGCUGUUCCCGCUGCCGUUCCAGGGCCACCUGAACCCGAUGCUGCAGCUGGCCGACGUGCUGCACGCCCGGGGCCUCCGCGUCACCGUCUUCCACGCCGCCUUCAACGCACCGGACCGCGUGGCAGGGUACCACUUCGUGCCCGUCGGCGCCGGCGUGCCGACGGCCGACCUCGUCCCCACCGGCAGCAACGCCGACUUCGCCGGGGCGCUGCUGCGCAUCAACGAGCGCCUGCAGGGGCCUUUCGAGGACAGCCUCCGCGAGGUGCUGCAGGAGGAGGAGGACCAUGAGGGAGCGCGGCCGGCGUGCCUCGUGCUGGACUCUAACCUCCGGAGCAUGCAGGUGGUCGCGGACCGGCUCGGCGUGCCGACGCUAGUGCUGCGCACGGGUGGCGCCGCCUGCCUCGUGGCCUACAUGGCCUUCCCGGCGCUCUGCGACAAGGGCCUCCUCCCGCCACAAGACCAUUCGCAACUGAACUUGCCACUGGAUGAUCUCCCACCACUCCGCCUGCAAGACAUGGUCUUCUCAACCACAACUCCACAUGAAACGAUGACCACCUGCCUAGAACGCAUUGUGGAAUCAGCAAAGUGUUCUUCAGGUGUCAUCCUCAACACCUUCAAUGACCUCGAAGGUGUCGAGCUCCGAAAGAUCAUUGAUGGCGUGGGUGUCCCGGUGUAUGCGAUUGGUCCUCUUUACAAGAUAUCCUCAGGUGUCAAAAGCAGCCUGUUGUCUUCGGAUCAAACUUGUUUGGAUUGGCUGGACAAGCAAGAGGCAAAGUCUGUUUUGUUCGUGAGCUUUGGGAGCUUGGCUUCCAUGGAUCAGGAAGAGCUAGUGGAGACUGCAUGGGGCUUGGCCAAUAGCCGCAUGCCAUUUCUUUGGGUCAUCAGGCCUGACGCGGUUCAUGGUUCAGGGAACGUAGGCCUACCUGACGGCUUUGAGGAAGAGACACAAGGUACGGGGAUGGUGGUGAGUUGGGCUCCACAACAAGAUGUUCUUGGGCACCAAGCAAUUGGUGGCUUUUGGACCCAUAACGGCUGGAACUCAACAUUGGAAAGCAUAUGCGAGGGUGUUCCGAUGAUAUGUAGACCUCAUUUUGCUGACCAAAUGAUAAAUGCCAGGUAUGUCGAGGAGGUGUGGAAAGUAGGGUUUGAGUUAGAGGGCAAGUUGGAGCGGGGGAACAUUGAGAGGGGUAUUAGAAAGUUGUUGUGCGAAGAAGGUGGAGAGAUGAGGCGAAGAGCAGAUGAUCUCAAGGACAAAGCAACCCGGUGUAUAAAGAAAGGUGGCUCUUCUCAAACUAUGGUUGAUUUGCUGGUGAACUGCAUAAUGUCAUUACCUUCUUCCAUUUCGAUGGGAUUAGUUUGA